AAGUGGGAAGCUUUCAAAACCGGAAACAAAAUUUUCAAAACCCUAAGGUCAAGGACGAAAGAUGCAUAGGCUUCUUUCCCUGAAACAAGCCUCAGCCUUCACCAGUUCUUCUUCACUUCUCCGUUCCCUUCCGUACAAAUCAGUCUCUUCCAUCGCCAAGCCCAUCCCCCAAUACCAUUUUAUAAGAUCUGCCUCCUUGCGCCAAUGGCCAUCAAAGCCCAGUUUUACCGGGGAAAUUCAGGGGUUCUCAUAUCCAGUUUAUCCAAAGCGUUUUUGGCUUAAUUUCUCAACUACCCAUCAAAAAGUUUCAAGCAGAAGCCUUCUUUAUUCCAGAGUUCAGUUUCUCAAGCCUCAGAUUCCUAAAGGAAGAUUGGGUUUUGGUCCCACUUUUGCUCUUUUGAAGAAUCGUUGGAGAUCAUGGUUCCAACGGUUUUCAGCAAGUGACAUGAUUUUGGGCUUGGUUUUAACUAAUGUUGCCGUUUUUUUAUUAUGGCGGAUUGCAGAUAGACGAUUUAUGAUGGAUAACUUUAUGGUUUCAUUGGACAAUUUUAUAUCUGGACGCUUGCAUACACUGAUCACUUCAGCAUUCAGUCAUAUUGAUCUUGAGCACAUUGUGUCUAACAUGAUUGGACUUUAUUUCUUUGGGUACAAUAUUGCAAGAACAUUUGGACCUGAAUAUUUGCUGAAGUUGUAUCUAGCUGGGGCCAUAGGUGGUUCAAUAUUUUACUUGGUGCACCAUGCACUUUUGGCUAAGGGACAAGGAACUUGGAUGGACCCUUCAAGGACUCCAGGACUGGGGGCAAGUGGAGCUGUUAAUGCUAUAAUGCUGCUUGAUAUAUUUCUGAACCCAAAAGCUACUCUUUAUUUCGAUUUCAUCAUACCAGUGCCUGCCAUGUUAUUGGGCAUAUUUCUUAUUGGGAAGGAUAUAUUAAGGAUAACAGAGGGAAAUAGUCAUAUUUCAGGAUCGGCUCAUCUGGGAGGUGCAGCUGUUGCGGCUAUAGCAUGGGCUCAACUUCGAAGGAGACGCUUCUAAAUUAAAUAAUGGACUUACUACUUAACUCUUACAUACUCAAGUAUGUGUUCUUUGCUCAUGUUUCAUUCUAGUUGCUCUUUUUUGUGCAACGACAUAUCGGCAUUUAAAGCAUAGCUGCA